GAGGAGGAGAAGGAAUGGGGGCAAGUGCUAAGUUGCGCACUGGGGUGUUGUUGCCGCUGUUCAUUCUAUGCUCGACGAGCAAUCUAUUACAUUCUGGUCAGGCGAUAUGGUUGACUUUGCCGGCGACGAGAAUGAAGUGCGUCACCGAGGAAAUCCAUAACAACGUCGUCGUUUUGGCGGAUUACAUCGUCAUUUCCGAUGAUCACUCUCACCCCACCCCAACCAUUUCAACCAAGGUAACAUCACCAUAUGGAAACACCCUUCAUCGCACGGGAAAUUCUACACAUGGCAAAUUUGCAUUUACAACUGAUGAGGCUGGCAACUACCUGGCAUGUUUCUGGGUGGAUGGCCAUAAUCAAGGAGGUGGAGAUAUAAGUAUCAACCUCGAGUGGAAAACUGGAAUUGCAGCAAAGGAUUGGGAAUCAGUUGCAAGUAAAGAGCAAAUUGAGGGUGUUGAGCUUGAGCUGAGAAAGCUUGAAGGGGUAGUACAAUCCAUCCAUGAAAACCUACUCUACCUUAAAAACAGAGAAGCAGAGUUGAGGACAAUGAGUGCAAAAACAAAUUCUAGGGUGGCAUGGCUCAGUGUCAUGUCCUUGGGGGUCUGCAUUGGGGUUUCAGUUGUUCAGUUAUUGCACUUGAAGCGAUUUUUCCGAAAGAAGAAGCUAAUUUAG